AUGGCGUUAAAAUCUGGAGAGGAGCGCCUGAAGGAGAUGGAGGCAGAGAUGGCGCUGUUUGAGCAGGAGGUGUUGGGAGGACCUGUAGCACCUACAGUGGUUGAAGCUGUGCCAGUCGCUCUGGCAAUGCCAGCUGUACCCAUCAUCAGGCCCAUCAUUGGUACAAACACCUACAGAGAGGUCCAGCAGAGUUUGGAUGCAAGAGCUGCCACUUUAGUUGGUCCUCCACCUACAUUUGUUGGUCCUGCUAUGCCGGCAGUAGCGCCUCCUCCAAUGAUGCGUCCAGCAUUUGUCCCGCACGUCUUACAGAGACCAGGGGGUCCGAGAAUGCCAUUGAUGCGUGGUCCACCUCCUCAGGGCAUGAUAGCACCUCCUCUUCCCAGACCACCUCCUCCUCCACCCAUGAUGAUGGCUCCUCCUAUGUCAGGACCCCCUCAGUCCCCCAUGGCUCCAGUCGGACCGCCCAUGAGACCCAUGCCACUAGUUGGAAGCAUGAACCCUAUGACUUCAGCACCACCGCGGCCCAUGCCUCAAGACCCUCCGAAGAUCAGUCCCAGUGUUAUACAGGCGGCCCCCACUGUUUACACAGCACCUCCUGCGCCUAAGAGAAAUGACCUCAAGAGCCAGAAACAAGCACGCAUGGAGGAGUUGUCAGCGUUGGUGGCGGAGCAGCAGGCCGCAGUCAUAGCAGCUGGGCUUCUGGACUCAAAGAAGGAGUCGGUCACCGAUGACAGCGUGAUCGGACCGAGCAUGCCGGAGCCUGAGCCUACACAUGUCGAGCCUGCUGAAACUAGCACAGAAGAUAAGAAGAAAGGAAAACAGGAAAAGGUGAAGAAAUGCAUCCGGGUAGCAGCUGGUGUCACAUGGGAGGACACCAGCCUAACAGAGUGGGAUCCAGAUGAUUUCCGGAUAUUUUGUGGUGAUCUGGGGAAUGAGGUGAAUGAUGACAUUCUGGCGAGAGCGUUUAGCCGUUAUCCAUCCUUCCUGAAGGCGAAGGUUGUUCGAGACAAACGCACUGGGAAAACGAAGGGUUUUGGCUUUGUGAGCUUUAAAGAUCCCAAUGAUUAUGUGCGCGCCAUGAGAGAAAUGAACGGGAGGUAUGUGGGCAGCAGACCCAUCAAACUGAGGAAGAGUUCAUGGAAGGAUCGUAAUCUGGAGGUCGUGCGCAAGAAACAGAAGGAGAAAAAGAAGUUGGGACUGAGAUAA